AUGGUCUUUCCGGAGUCAAAUGCUAAAAAAUUCAUAAAUACCAGCAUUAUAUUUACCAGUGGUAAAGAUGAAAUUGGGUUGAUUGUACUUGGUUCUGACAAGACACAGAAUCCACUUGAUUACCCAAAUGUUAGUGUGGAAUUUCCUCUUGCACUACCUACAUGGCAGAUGAUAUCCUUUGUGGAGAAAUCUUUUCAUGAAAGUGAAAUAAAAAGAGAUUGGAUAGAUGGUGUUGUUGUUGGCAUGCAAGUCUUGAAAGAUGAGCUAGAUUUCUUUAGAAUAAUUUGCUGUUUCACGGGUGCCUUGAAGGAAAUAAAAGAUCUCGAAAGUGUCUUAAUGACAACCGAUGGCCUCAUGUUGACAAGACAGCUGGUUGCCUUGCAGAGGGCAGGGCUUGACGGUCUGAACAUCAGCUUAGACACCCUGCAGUCCCAACGCUACAACCAGAUCACGAGGAGGAAAGGCUGGGAGCGUGUCAUGGUUGGCAUAGAUCUAGCCUUGCAACUUGAAUACGACCCUGUGAAGCAUGUCCCGGGCUUCAAGGGACGUGUGGGAUUUAUUACCUCAAUGAGUGAACACUUCUGUGGCACGUGCAACCGUUUACAGAUAACAGCUGAUGGCAAUUUGGAGGUGUGUCUCUUUGGGAAUUCAGAGAUAUCUCUCAGAGAUGCAAUACGAAGCAAAUGCAGUGAGGAUGACUUGCUUGCCAUGAUUGGGGCAGCAGUGAGAAGAAAGAAGAAACAACAUGGAGGCAUGCUGAACCUGUCAAAGAUGAAGAAUCGGCCAAUGAUUCUUAUUGGAGGAUAA